UAUGUGAGGGGGUAAUGAGAAAGGUUAAUUUAGCCUCUAAUAGGUUUUACCGAAUGAACCCAAGUCCCAAUAUAUAUCAAUAACUUUACAACAGCAUCGUGCUAUUACAAUUGUUAGAAUGCUAAUUUAUUUAUCUUUAAAUUCCCAGUAGCCGAUCAUUUUGUUUCUGUAGCAGUCACAUGAAUGGGGGAUGCGCUGCUAUGCUAAACCCAUUUGUGAACAGUGAUUUGCAACUGAUUGAAGCGGUCGAAAGCCGGUACCUCAUUGGUCGUCAUUGUUCUUUUAAACCGAAGGUGAUAGAAUUUGGCUGAAUGAGUCAGUGUACCAUGUGCGCUCUGGUGUCCUGCAGUUGUUCUGCGGAGCCUGCUCGUGCUUCUACUUCAUGAAAAAUGAGCCAGAAGUAUCUUUUCUAAAUGCGAAAAUGCCUCUUGGCAGUAGGCCUGCUAAGCACCGGAUGCAUGUCGCUCACGAGAAGAACAGUGAACACGCAAUUAGCUGUAUGUUGAUUGGGGACGGUGCCGUGGGGAAAACGAGUAUGAUCACGAGUUACAUCUCCAACGGUUAUCCAAAUGGCUAUCAACAGACGGCUUUUGAUGUUUUUACCGGGCUGGUUCACGUUGACGGGAUUCCAUUUAGAAUCCAGUUGUUGGACACAGCUGGACAGGACGAGUUUGAUCAUUUUCGGUCCAUGUGGUACGGGCAAGUAGAUGUGUUCAUCCUGUGCUUCAGUGUUGUCAACCCAGUGUCAUUCCACAACAUCGCCACUAAAUGGAUCCCUCAAGUCCGUGCCGUCAAUCCCGUUUGUCCAAUCGUUUUGGUAGGAACACAGUCUGACCUUAGAUACGAUGUCAAUAUUCUCAUCGAUCUGGAUCAGAUGAGGGUAAAACCUGUGGUUCGCUCACAGGCUGAGUCGCUGGCCGAGAAGAUAAGCGCGCAAGGAUAUGUAGAAUGUUCAGCACUGACCCAAAAGAACCUCAAAGAAGCAUUCGACUCAGCCAUAUGUGCCUCUUUAAAGCACCAGGCUUGUAAAAAAGCUCAUAAGUUAAAACUCCUGGACCGGGCUAAGACUUUCUCAGGUGUUGGAUGGAAGAAGUUGUUUUGCUUCAUCUGAUUGGUCAUGCAUGAUCCGGAAACACUCAAGAACUAUCAGUGGGAGUCUGUUGAAGAAAUGUGUUGAUUUGUGCCACGAACAUAAGGGAGUUAAUUUAAUGAAGAUUCCCUCGGAUUAUAGAGCUGUUGAUAAACCUCAGCUCAGGGCUUGAUGAAUAUUUAGGGCGUCCAUCCCCCACUGACAACCUCUCACUAAAUUAAUCAUGGCAAGAUUUUAGUAUUCACACAAUCUAUUUAGACAUCCUUAUUUGAAAGGUGUCAUAGCUCACUACCAGGGAACAUGUAAACACUAUGCAAGGCCUAACUCUCUAUGCAAAGCAAAUAUCUGGGCUAUCUCCAUCAAACUCUGCAUGUAUUUAUAUUAAAUCUCAUGGUUUUACUCUGGGCUUAGUCAUUAGGAAUGUGUAGAAACUAUAUAUCCAGUCAUAUUUGCCUCUUGUAGAGGUCUUACAUUUUGUGUUGUCAUUUUUGGUCAAAUGCCCUCAUGUUAAUAUUUGACACAAUUACAACAUGUCUCAUGUCAAAUAGAGAGAUUAAUAAAUGUGCGACGUUAAGUCUAAAUGUGGUUUUGUCUAGGAGUUGUGUGGGGUACGUAUUAAGGUACUGAAACAGACUUACAGGCUACUAUUAAAAUGUUUACAUCUACUUUAGAUAGGCUACAGUAAGUGACAAUGGCUUGAAUUGAUCAGUGGGGAAACCCAGGCCUUCUUCCAGGGGGGUCGACUCUUUGAUAAUAAUGGAGGGAAAGACUGGGAGACCAGGGACUCCCAACAGCAUUCAAUUCACUUUGUCAUCCUCAACUCAAACCAAGGCAAUGGUCACCUGCUGUUGC